AAAGGGUUCCACACUUCCGUGUGUGCGCUGCCGCGGAGGUCCGCUUCCUGCGGAGAGAAGCGAGGGGGUCCUCACUCCCUGCGGAGCCGGGCUACUGAGGUGGAACGUGCUUAAACACACUUCUGCACCCGUGGGUGAGCACUGCGCACGCAUCGUUGCGCCAGCGGCUCCGUGGGGACCGCCGGAGUACGCCCGAAACUGGGAAAGAUUUAGGUUCCUCAAGAUGUCAGCUUCAGUCCCACAAGGCCAUAACUGGACCCGACAGCUGAGGAAGGAUGAUGAGGAAGAAGACCCGCUGGACCAGCUGAUCACCCGCUCUGGCUGUGCUGCCUCCCACUUUGCAGUGCAGGAGUGCAUGGCCCAGCACCAGGACUGGCGUCAGUGCCAGCCACAAGUGCAGGCAUUCAGGGAUUGCAUGAGCGCACAGCAGGCAAGACGGCGGGAGGAACUGCAGAGGAGGAAAGAGCAAGCGAGUGCUCAACACUGAGACUCUAAACCAUCAUCCCCACAGGCUGGCCCUGAAGAAAUAAGCACCCAGAGAGACCCUGGCAAGAAGAAACAAUUUGGGGACGGUCUUUGGGACUAGGGUUGAAAGCCAGACACCAUGCGUUUACACACGCCGGUCACCAUGGGCUGUUUUGCUCUAUGGUCAGAUGACACAUAUUGUUACCUUUACUGUUCCACCAUUAUUUGUCUUUAAAACAAAGAGUGGGAUAUAGGCCACUCCCUCCACCCUACCUCUUGAGUCAGUGUGCCAAGUACUUUGUAAGUAAAUUAACAACCUAAAGAUAAAUCAGUUGCCCAAUCAGGCCUUCAUUUUUCAGUCACAAAAUUAACAACAGAAAGUUUUUCUAAGGCACUGUGUUAAGAGUGUGCAAUUUGAAGAGUUAUGUAACCUUCCUGUUACUUAGCGACUAGUGUGAGAGGCAGAAAUAAAGCCACACUCAAACAUUGAACUCGAUUUCCAACAGUGACAUAAGAGUCUUUAUCUGUCCUCACUUCUGGGUGUUUUAUUUAUGGGCUAAUAAAGACAUAUUUUUGUUUUUUAAAGACA